UAUCCCGAAUCCUUUUCGUCCUAUGACAGCUAACGAUAAUGCGACGUAAAUCUUCUGUGACCAAUCAGAGUUAUGGAUAAUUCACGGCGCAGCUGUCGCUGCAUCUGGGAGGCGUGAAAGCGAACACGAAAACAGCUUUACGAAGACCACAGCUGUAUAACGAUAAUGGAGAGAGACAAGAAUGAAGAUACAGGUAAGGCAGGAGUUCCGAUUGCACCGAAUCCUCAGGCCCCGGCAGCAGUGCAGCGUUGUCCUGGCAGCAUGAUGCCUGCCCCCCCCCUUGACAUUGUGAGCCUGCUGCCCAAAUCUGUGAAGAGAAGAGUCAAUGCACUAAAGCAGCUGCAGGUCCAGGGGGCCCACCUUGAGGCCAGAUUCUAUAAGGAGGUCCAUGAGUUGGAGAGGAAGUAUGCUGCUCUCUACCAGCCCCAUUUCGACAAGAGAUACAACAUAGUGACUGGAGCUUUGGAACCUACAGAUGAGGAGUGUGAGUGGCACAGUGACCGAGAGGAUGAAGAAGCUUUGGCUGACGACCAGAGUAAGAUGGCCACUGUAGAGGCUGCUCAGCAGCAGGAAGAGGCCCCCACAGAGGAGGCCCCCACAGAGGAGGGCCCCACAGAGGAGGACCCCAAAGGCAUCCCAGAGUUCUGGCUCACCAUCUUCAGGAACGUUGACAUGCUUAGCGACAUGCUACAGGAACAUGAUGAGCCAAUCCUGAGACACUUACAAGACAUCAAAGUGAGAUUUUCUGACCCUGACCAGCCUAUGAGCUUCACAUUGGAGUUUCACUUUGAGCCAAACAGCUUCUUUAAAAACGAGGUCCUCACAAAGGUUUACAAAAUGAAGUCCGAACCAGAUCCUGAAGAUCCCUUCUCCUUUGAGGGUCCAGAGAUUGUGGACUGUGAGGGCUGUGAAAUUUAUUGGCAUAAAGGCAAAGACGUGACUGUAAAAACCAUAAAGAAGAAGCAGAAACACAAGGGGAGGGGCACGGUGAGGACCAUCACCAAGCAAGUACCCAGCGACUCCUUCUUCAACUUCUUCAACCCCAUCAAAGUUUCAUCAGAUGGAGAGAUGGAUGAGGAUUCCGAGUUAAUUUUAGCGACAGACUUUGAGAUUGGCCACUUCUUCCGUGAAAGGAUAGUCCCUCAUGCGGUGCUCUACUUCACUGGGGAGGCCCUGGAGGAUGAUGAGAGUUAUGAAGAGGAGGAACUUGAGGAAGGGGAGGAGGAGGACCAUGAAGAGGAUGAAGAUGAGGAGGGAGACGACCCCAAGGCGUAAUUGUCACUCCAUGCGUUCUAUAGGUUAAGGUAGGAAAUGGUGUUUCUCUUGUCUUUCUCACUCUGCUCCCCGUUUCUGUGUCGCUUACUCAUUCUCUUCCAAGUUGCCGAGGGUAACCUGUUUGAAAUUCACACCUCAAUAUUCAUCCUGUUUUGAUGUUGCAUAGGCUGCAGAGGGAAUGUAAAAACGAACCCAGUGCCUUUGGUGGUCUGUAGCAGUGUGCCUGUGGGCACCUGGGAGUUCCAUCUGAUCUGUAGAAAGAACAUUUCUGGCCCGGAGAGACGUGUUCCCUGUGUUUAUUUUUGUGUGGUACACUGUCAUCCUGUUCCCGUCUACUGUCCCUGCCCAAAACGUAACGCCUUCUGGCCUUUGUAGCUACAGAACCCUUCCGAGCUGUUCCUGUCUGGUCAGUUCAUUCUUUAGUUUGUUGCUGUGCAGAAGGAUGAGAAGCAGCCCGCAGACUAUAAGCAGCAAUAGCGUGGAGGUCUUCCUGAGGUGCCUCGUCAGUCCAGCCCAUCCUCCACUCCAGAAGUCAGCGGAUUCAUCUCCCACCUCCCCUCAUCCCAGUCUGGCUGCAAACGCAAGAGACCAAAUGUUUUCAGAUGCAUGACUUUUCAGUCUGUGCUGCCCCUGACCCAUCCAAAGGAGAGAGUUUGCCUGAAAUAGUGACACGACACUGUAAAUAAAAUGGCCUAUGGGUUAGACGACUGUGGAUCUGCUGCCUGUGCUGAGGGUCACUGCUUACAGACCAGACCAGAAGCUCCUGGGCAGAUGAUCUCCAAUGUGCGAAGCCCUACACCUGAAGUAAUACAAGCUCAUCCAAUAUUUCAGUGGUAUAGCAGCUUACUCAGGGUAUUUUAUGCCAAUAAACGUGUGAAAGUUUAGCACCAGACUGAUGAGGACUGAACGGUAUGAUUGCGGUGGCUUCAUUUUCUUUCUCUGUUGAAUGGAAUCUUUUAAAUGUUUUCAUAUUAAGAAGAUAUUUAUUAGUGUGUUUCUGGAAAUGCAUAUGCUGAUAUUAUGCAGCUUGGAGAUGGGUAACACUGCCUACUGCAUAGCAGGUGUCCUGUGUAAUAGUGCGCCCUCAGUUUCUUCCACACCAAUGCUGUUUGCUUACAAAAGCGCUUGCAAAUAAAUUUUAGGUUUGAUGCCAAAUGUAUUUUUGUGGAUUUAAAAAGAGGAAAAAACCUUUGCUGCCGUACCUUUUAUAAUUAUUAUUAUUGUUACCUGACAUGGUGACACAGUCCUAACACACCGAGGUGAGGCAUCAUUUUUGUGAGCAAUAUGUAGUUCUGGCCUGUUACUCAUACUGCCUGUACACUUUGUGUACCAUCGGAACGCUGUCUUUAUCCUAGUUAAUGAGCUGAAAGGCUGCUUGCUGUGUCACUGAAGGAGGAAGAACAGGGUUUUUAUAAACUUUAGAGGUUUUGAUGUUUAAUACCUUGCAGAUGUUUGUUCUUUUCCAUAAUAUAAGUAUGUCUGUUUUGCUUCUUGGUUUGAAAUCGAUCAACAACCAUACAAUGCAUUAAACACAAUGAUGCAAACCUUGCUUGUCAUAGCAGGUACCCCUGUCAAUGUCGGCUAUAGCAUUUGAACUUCUGUGGACAGUGCUCGUUCUGACCUUCUCAAUUUGUUAUUUAGUUUGAUCUUUUCAAUUUAUACAGAACAGAAUAUUCUAUUAAAAGUUGUGAUCUUAAA